AUGAUACAAAGAAAAGCAUCCCCAAAGGAUAAGACAUUAAAAGAGUUUGCUGAUCAAAAUGGAAGCAUUCCUGUAACCAAGAAAACAACUUGGUUCUCCAAACUGAAACAGGCACCUACGAUUUUAAUCCCUGAUCCAAAACCAUUCAAAUCACAACAGAAUCACUCUCAACAAGAAAAAGAAGACAAGUUGCUGAAAAGGAGAAGCUGGUUUCACAAGAGUUCAGGAGAAACAGCCCGUACACAUUCAUCAAUAGGUACUUCAAUGGGAAAGACUCCGGAAAAUUUACAGCAGACCAAAGAAGUGGGACCAUCUGCCGAGUCAAAUGGAGGUACAAGAUCAAAGCAUUGGUUCUCACGAGCAACUCACAAACCAAAUCCCAUACUACCAAGCACGCUAGCAUCUAGCGAGUCCGAGCACCACGAUUUACUCUCCACUGAAUCUAUUGAAAUUUUAGGAAGCAAUGUUAUAUCACUUAUCAAACGCUUAGAGGAGGAUGAUAGUAUGCCAAUAGUAUUUGGAAACUAUUCAGGAGAACCGGUUUACAAGAGAGAUGUGACAGAGCCAGCAAUUUUUAACUCUCAACUAGUCAAGUUUAGCCACUUUGAUCAGUUCGAAGAAGCAACCUAUCAUGCUUGGAAUGUAUGGCAAGUGGGUCACGAUGGUACGAAGAAAGUGGACCAAACAAUUGAGUGCAAAGUCGACUUUGUUGAUUUCUUCAAAAAGUUCAACUACCAAAAAGUGUAUAUCAUGAGAGAUUGCUUAGUUCCCAACCACAAUCUGUUUAAAAAUGGCUACUUGGUAAAGCUAAAACUUUUGCAUGAAAGAAGUUCAACAGGUGCAGAUUGGGGGUUGCAUAUUUUCAUGACUUGUUGCAAGAACGCAAUCUUGAAUAAUGUUCCCAAUAAUGCCAUUAAGAUUAAUGUCUGUGGGUUUACAUACACCAAAAGAAGUUCCUUGACCCAGAUUACGUUGUGGAUCCACCCAAUCAUGAAUAUGUCUUUUGAUAUUUCCAACCAAGUGAGCUUGUUAAUAAAACUGCUAAAUUUGGAGGCAAGACUAAACAAAAUCACUUUAGUAGAUGUCAACAACGGAUCGAAAACAGAAAUCAUUGAGAAAAGUUGA